GAAGGGGCUCGUGCGCGCCGUCUCCGCGCCACCAUCCCGCGGUCAUCUACCUCCCAUCGUCUUAGCAGCGAUUUCGCAUGCAUACUACGCUGGUGGUAAAAUUAAAUCUGUCCAGACAUUCGCCUAACGUAUCUGCCAAACAUCUCGGAGCGAUGGACCUUCCUGCACUAGCACCGCGCCUGAAUCUGGGCACACUUCCCGACGAAUUGAUCCUUCUCAUCCUAGAUCAGCUGGAUGCAGAUGAUUACUUGACAUUACGCGAUCUGAAUGCAACGAGUUCGCGGUUUCAUCGCCUCACACUAGAUCGGCUAUAUCGAAGAUUUCCAGGUUGCGCCCCAGAGCAAUUCCUGCGUACCAUAACGCUGGCUCAUUCAGCCCACUGUCAUGAACUCAUAAGCUAUGUCAAGGAGGUGGUGUGGUAUCAGAAUUAUUGGAGUCGGCCAUGUAGACGCCGCUGCCUGCUUUUAGGCGACAGGCAUGCCAUUGCCAACAAACUCAGAAGCUCUGGAGCUAUUUUGGACACCACAGAUCUUUCUACAGACCUACCAACCCGCUUCAUAGGAUUUUCUUCUGAUCACGAAGUACAUUGGUGGUACCUGGAGUUCUUUUUGUUCUUCACGCCUAAUGUUGAGAAGAUCACGGUACAUGAUGUAUGGCAGUGGGACGACCACUCUUACUGGUUCAAGAGUUUGGCCGCCAAUCCAGCUCACUUCGGAAAUCUUCGAUCCAUUACUCUGCUGGGUCCUUUACGCCUAGGCAGUAUUGUACCGCUUCUCACUUUGCCAUUCAUACAAAUCUUGGAGCUUACUCAGGCCGUCGAUAUGCGUCGAGAGCCUGGCAGGGCUUUCUCCUGGGAUGGUGACGGCGAAGCUCACGCUGAUCGGCGGCUGUCUAACGGCUCAUCUCUCGAGCGCUUGAUUAUAAGAGAAUCAGACCUACACUUCCCUUCGGCAAUGGUCAUUCUCGGAAGCCUCAACAAACUCAAGAAUUUUACCUAUGAACACGUCCCUCAUGAACUGAAAUGGCAUCCUGGAAUGCCGCCAGCUAUCUUCCCAUGGGUCGGGAAUAUUGGAUGGGGCCCAAAUACCUCUCUCGAGAGCCUACGUCUACGAGUGGAUUCGGUGGUGACGGAAAAGGAGAUGUCAUCGCUGUGUCACCAUGUUGCCGGACCUACACUCGCAAGACUCCGUACUCUGGAUAUUGGUCCUUGCAAUAUUGAGACAUUCAGUCCAUUGGAAUCCUCGCAGUCUGAAGACCUGCAAACUACAGCGAGAAGGAUUGUCCAAACCUUUCCAAAUACUCUUGAAUCUUUGCGGAUUCAGUGGGCUUAUGAGCUAGGCCAAGAAUCCAAGCUACAGCUUCUCAUCAAUAUCCUAUUAUGCUUGGUCGAAGCCGCUGCUUCUUCAGCAUCAAGAUUGAAACAGAUCUAUAUCGUCGACUGGCCCGCACUGGCAGGUUGGUUUCCCCUCCCGCACGAGUUUAAGGUUCUGAAGCGGGUAUACGAACAUUCAGGAAUGCAAUUCGAUGUAUUCUACGAAAAAAUCGAGGGGCAGGAACCACUAGCUAUCAAAGAAGACGUAGAGUCUGGUUGGCUCUGGAUACACAAAACGGACGCUUUCGCGGUUCAUCGCGUCAAAGAACUCUCACCAAUAACCGCAUGAAGCUGGUUGAGACUGUAUUCUUGUACGACUGCUGCAGGCAGCUGGGAUAUCUCUGAGAGCUUUGUGAUUUUUGAGUCGCUUGUAAGUCGAUGUAAUGUUAGCAGAUGAUUCGCCGUUAUUGCCAACCUUGGAACACGUGCUUGACCGGUCUAAUAGCCGCUAAGGCAUUAGCGUCCCAACGCGGGG